GACGUCAAAGUCCGAACCUGAAAUCAAAAGUGUGAUACCAAGCCAAAAUGCAACUCCUAAUCCGUUUAAUCCAUCWGAUAAAGACAACCUUAUUGUGGCAAAGAGGAAAAUAAUAUUCACGAGAAUUAUGAAAGUAUUUGUGGUAUUUCUUGGCAUUCUUAUUGUUGCGGUGGUAYUGACGUCUGUCAUAACGACUUUUGCUACCUACAAAGACACCCUUGGGCCUUUGUCYUUAAACAUCAAGCGUGGUGAACUGUCUAUAAARAACGCCGGAAAAGCAGAGGCUUUACAGGGAUCCAUUGGGAAAGGRUUUGUUGGGGGAAAACUCUACAUACAUCGAAUUAAAAKCGAUGGUUUGUAUUACGAGUGGUUGAAUAGCGCAAAACUAAGAAUCGCGAAAGACAACGAGUUYGGAAAGUGCUAUACGUUKAAAUGGAGUCCUGGUGAGAGCGGUUUAAGGUCUUUCGAAGACUGCUUUAGUCUUGAAAAUCAAUAUUUGUAUGGUGGGUCUGAGUUAUAUAAUCAAUCUUGGCCUCUAAAUAAAGCAAGUAUUUCAAUGAAGGCUUAUCAACCUAAGGACAUAAUCCUUGGUAUUACACGCAACGAAACGCUAUAUGGACCAGUAUUAGAGAGAUAUUGGAUAACCUCCAAUGGUAUUGCUAUAAUUGUAGACGAUUCCACUCCUCUCCAUGUUAGCCUCAAUGAUGACAAUAYAACUCCUCAAAUAUGUCUAAAGAGUGACUUACAGGGGUACCCUGGRGGACUUGUAGAUCUGACCUAUAGACUCUGUAUGGACGCUGAUAUUAAAACUGUACAUCAGUAUGUCAUGGGAAAAAUAUUUAAAAUGCCUAAGUCAAUACCAGAUACGCGUAUGAUAAGGCAACCYAUUUGGUCCACUUGGGCUAUGUAUGGCAAAGACAUUACUCAAAGAGAUGUCAUAGAUUUUGCUCAAAAGAUUCAACAGUACAAUUUCUCAUGCAGUCAUAUUGAAAUUGAURACAUGUAUUCAUSUACAUAUGGCGACUAUGAUUUUGACCAAACCAAAUUUCCAAAUGCAUCGUCAAUGGUUACAGCAUURCAUGAUAARGGCUACAGAGUAACCGCCUGGGUGCAUCCUUUUGCAAAYACAGACUCAAAAGCAUUUYUGAAGAACAUCAAGGACUGGGUAAAAGGGAAGGACCCUCUGGUACCAGGGCUAGUUCAUUGGUGGAAUGGAAUCGCUGCUGCUCUKGACACAACCAAUCAACAAGUAGUAGAGUCAUUUACCUCUCGACUGAAGACUUUCCAGWCAAAGUACCAGAUUGAUGGCUUUAAAUUUGAUGCUGGUUCCCUAAGUUACCUCCCUAUAGACUACAAACUGUACAACUCAACCAUCAUCAACCCAAGCUGGUAUUCAUCAAAGUUUGCAAAGUUAGCRUCACAAUUUGGAGGACUUGUUGAAGCACGAGUCGGGUACAGAACYCAAGACCKCCCAAUAUUCAUUYGCAUCCUUGACCGUAGUUCUAUAUGGGGUCAAUUUAAUGGGUUAAAAUCAGUGAUACCUGCAGUUCUAACCCUGGGUAUCUUAGGUUACCCAUUUGUACUCCCCGAUAUGGUUGGAGGAAGUGGGAUGGAUUUCAGCAAGGGUGUGAGUUUCUCACAAAGACCUGACAAAGAGCUGUAUAUUCGCUGGGUCCAAAUGAACACAUUUUUACCUGCAAUGCAGUUCUCCAUUGCGCCAUGGCUUUAUGACAAUGAAACUGUAUCAAUUGUCAAAACCUUUAUUGAUCUGAGAGAAAAAAUCUCUCCUGUGCUUAUUCAAGCUGCAAAAGAUGUGCCRUUAUUUAAGGCGCCAAUUGUGCGGCCAYUGUGGUGGCUUGCCCCCAUGGAUAAAACCUCGCUAAMCWUAGACUCUGAGUWYAUUGUGGGUAAWAAAUAUCUCAUUGCGCCUGUUCUAGAUCCAGUUACAGUUCACAAGGGUGUACAUAAAGUCUAUUUCCCUCCUGGUGGGAAAUGGAAGAAAGAAUUUGGUACUCAGGAUAUCAUUGAUACAAGUACAGGUGGAAAGUGGAUCUCUUUCAAUGUGAAAUUGAAAGAUCUUCCAUACUUCUCUUUUGUUAAAGAUGUGUAAAAAAAA